AUGCGACCCUCAUUAGGCCUCGUAGGCCUCGUCCUACUUCUCGCGCCCAACGUCCUCGCACAGGCACAGGAUCGACCAGAUGCGAAGACGACGACGCAAAAGCAAGACCAGCCGGCAGCGACAACCACAAAGCAAGACAAUAAGCCGCCCAUCGUAGUUCCAGUCUCCACAUCAGCACCCGCCACGACCAGCACCGAGCCUACCGCAGCCCAGAAUGGACCGCCCACAAGUAUCAAGCGUCCGUCAAAUAUGCCGACACUCGCUGGCGUGGGCGUCCCCGAUAUGGUGGUGCCGGAUACCAAAGCAGCGCCCUACAUGCAGAAGUCGUCUCUCCCAGACGGAACGGUCUUCAUCUGCGUAGGCGCUGCGUUGGGAUUCUUCGGGGCUGCAAUUCUCGCAUGGCGAGGCCUCGUUGCGUGGUCUCUCCACCGUUCCGUGAAGCGCGCCGCCCAUGUACAGAACAUGGCCGACAUAAAGGCCAUGACGGCCGUCCCCGGCAAGAAGCGCGGAAUGUACAACGUCGUCGGUGCCAACUCCAACAUGUCCUUGGACCGCCUCUCCGCCGCCCCAACAGGCACAUCCAGACCGCCCAAACCAUUCGCAUCCCCCACCUCCGGCACCCCUCCCAGGAACAACUCGUCUCUCUUCUUCUCCCCUACAGCCGCCGGCGCUACGUCUCGCGACUCCGUCAACCGCUCUUCAAAUUACCUCCCCGCGGGCUACUACCCCUCGGGGAACGCACAAGCCGCCUCCGGCUCGCCCGUCAUGCACGUCGGCGGUCACGGCUCCCACCUAUCCAUACACUCGCUCGCGACACCCGGAAACCGCUUCUCCCACCGCAGCGGUGUAUCCCCUCCUGGCUCCCCGAGCCUGCCUCCUAGCCGUGGCUACGACCGCGCACCUCCGAGCCGCGACGGCGUCAACUCCAUGUAUAACCGCGGCAGCGUGGCCACCUUGGGUAACCAGGCCCCGCCCAUGCCAGGCGGUCGCGGUGUGUAUGGCCAGGACGGCGGCAAUAUGAGUCAGCUGAGUUUGAAUGUCCCAGGAGGAACGAGCGUGGCGGGGGGUAGGGCGCCGAGUGCGUAUCUAGAAGACUUGUUUGAGAAUCAUGGGAAU